UUGCAUGAAGAUACUCCUAACCUAACAUGGAAUGAUGAUGUGGCUAAAGUUGCACAAAAUUACGCUGACGCUUACACAUGUAACGGCGAAUUGGUGCAUUCAGGAAACUCUUUGGAUGGCCAGAGUCUCGGCGAAAACUUAGCUUAUGGCUACAAUUUUGCUACCGCUGGUGCUGUUGAUGCAUGGUAUGACGAGAUUAAUCAGUACAACUACUCAGAUCCAGGAUAUUCGGAAGCUACGGGACAUUUCACGCAGUUGGUCUGGAAAUCGUCAACGGAAAUUGGCUGCGCUUACAAAUAUUGCGGUUCUUAUUUGGGCUACUACAUUGUAUGCAACUACUUGCCAAUAGGUAAUCUUGUGUUGAUUGGUGACCCAAGUUAUUUCUUUGAAAGAAAUGUGAUGCCUCUAAAAUCAUGA